GUUGUGUUAACUCGUUUGCCUGUGACAGCAGCAGCAGGGUGUUAGGCUGUUAGAGACAGGCGUUAGCGUUGCAGUGUUAUUUAUUUCUGUCAGUUUAUUAAACGAGCACGGGCGUUGCUGAAACAUAUUAGCGUUCGCUUUAUUAAACAUUUAAGUGUUAGCUGGUCGUAGCUUCAGCUGAGGCCCUUUAGCAUCGUCACUUACAUCCUGCUGAGUAGCAAAGACAGCUGUUAAACCUCUGAAGUUACUGGCUGUCCUGAAGGGAUGGCUACUCCAGACAACCUACAGUUCCAAGAGUUUGAGGAAGCAGCAGAGCUGCUGUCUGCAGACCCCGGGGCCUCCACACUCAGUUUGUCGGCCUCAAACACCCCCAGCACAACAGCAUCAGCAGGAGAAGAUGUGAAGCUAGACCUAUCAGAGGACGAGGAGGGUCAGGAAGAGAGUUCAGAGCUGUUAGGAGGGCAGAAACCAAGUGCUGGCUUCUGGACCUUUGAGUACUAUCAGUCUUUCUUCAAUGUGGACACAGUGCAGGUGCUGGACAGAGUUAAGGGGUCAGUGAUGCCACUGCCUGGAAGAAACUUCAUCAAGCACUACCUUAGGAGUAACCCAGAUCUGUAUGGUCCCUUCUGGAUUUGUGUCACACUGGUGUUCUCUGUAGCGAUCAGUGGGAACCUGUCCACCUUCCUCAGUGAGAUGGGGAACCCCACCUUCCACUACAGACCACAGUUUCAUAAAGUGACGAUUGCUGCAGUAGUGAUCUUCAUGUAUGCCUGGCUGGUGCCGAUCGGGUUGUGGGGUUUUUUGACCUGGAGGCAAGGGGCUGAGAGGCAAACUGGAGGCUAUUCAUUCCUGGAGACUGUCUGUGUCUACGGCUACUCGCUGUUUAUCUAUAUCCCCACCUCUGUUUUGUGGAUCAUACCGUUUGAUUGGCUGCGCUGGAUACUGAUUCUAGUUGCCAUGGUGAUCUCAGGCUCAGUCCUGGUCCUCACCUUCUGGCCCGUCGUCCGUGAUGACACCAAGGUGACAGCGGUGGCUACUGUGGUGACCAUAGUGGUUUUGCACACGCUGCUGGCAGUUGGCUGUAAGAUGUACUUCUUUCAUACAGCAGUGCACCUGCCAACACCUGUCCCUACGACUUCAGCUCUCCACAAUCACACAAUACUGGCCAAACCCUACUGACUAAUACUGAGGAGGAGCAGAGGGAUGAAGGCGGUCUUUUGUGUGGUAUUAACACACAGAUAGAAAACAGCUAGGCUGGAAGAGGCAAUGUUAAUUAUCCCCAUGGUGUGAUUUACUGUAUGCUUCACUGGUGAAGCGCUGGGAUGGGAGUGUGUGUGUGUAUCGUUUGUCUAAUUUAUCCUGGUGUUUCUGCUGUAACUGAAGGACCAGGUGUUCACUGAAAUAACUGUAUUUCUACUGUGACUGAUGUUUCCUGAUGGGGUGCAUUGACCAGACCUUCCUCGACUCUGUGACUUUCCCUCGUUUCAUCAAGUCCAAAAGGAAGCAGUAAGACUACUAAAGCUAAUACAUAAAACCAUGUUGCACCUACUCCCACCCCUUAUGACACAUCACAUGGACAGCCAGAUUUGUCGAGGUUAAAAUAAGUGAGUUCAUGUAGAUCCGUUUGUUAUUGGUUUCCUAAGUGAAGUCCAAUAAUCAAUAAGAAUGUUGUUGGCACUUUUGCUCCUCCUUCUAAGCCUACUGAAUCUAAAAUGCAUAUGUGAUGUGACCACAGUGGUCCAAAGGCACUGUAGUGUUUUCAUUUAUUUUCUUUAUCAGUUCUGUUUAGAAACUGGUGUCAGUGAUGACUAUAGCAACAUCUCAAAUAUGUGUGAAUGACUUACCUGGACCGAAAACCAAAACAAUAUUAAAUUUGCAAAUACAGACCUCAAAGAACAGACAUCAAA